AAAAUCCUAAAUUUGUAAACUCCAAAAUAUUUGAAUUUUUAAAUCCUAAGCACGUAUACAUGAUUUCGAUCAGACCUCAUGUAAAGUGAAUGCAGAAAGAAAGAUCACUGGGUAUAUACGUUUAGCGUCAUGAAAGUCGUGAAUGCGCAUGCACGUUACUCUUGGUUACGAAACUUACUCGAACCAAUCAUAGAGAACAUGCGCAUAAUGAAUCAAAACUCGUUGCAUAGUAAGUACAAUUUCCCAUUGAACACAUAAUAAGACGACAAUUCGCGCAGUUUGACAGCCUAUGAAAAUUCUCACCACAAAUAUUCAAAAAAUAUAUAAAUAUACAAAAAGAAAGUAUUUCAUUAAACGAUUGGAAUAUGCUACUCAACGAAAAUUUAAAAUUUUCUAUCCACUGAGUAUAUACAUCAGCAUCAUGAUGGUAAUACGAGCGCAUGCGCUUUGUCAUAGAUUAUAGAACACAUAGAACCUAGUGAACUUAAUACGCGCAGAAAAAAUGUGGUUCGUCGAUUAAUUAUAUCUAGGAAUCAGCCCUAAAUAUAUAAGUACAAACUUAUAUUUUAUCGCAUGUACUAUCAUAAUGGAUAAUAUUACUGCGGAAAACGCGAAAGAAGUUUUUGGCACACAUUUUCAACAAUACUGUUUAGAUCAUCAAAUAAUACUUACAAAAAAUAAGUGUGGUGCUUUUAUGGUACCUAAUAUUGGUGCCUUGAAACAAUGUUUACAAUUUCUUGAUGAACUUAAACUGAAAUUACAUUGUAAACUGAAAAAAAUGCAGACUUCAUCCCCAAUUGAUUUAAAUUAUGAAAAUCAGUAUCACAAUGGACAAAGUAUGUCAAUUUGUAACUGUUGUUUAAAAUAUUUAGUUUAUAUCAUUGAUGCUAUUAUUUUAGGGAUAUGUAAGCAAUACAAGUUUUGCACAAAAAAGAAACAGAUAGUUUGUGAAGAAAUUACAAACACACAUCCUAAUUAUUUUACAAAUUUAGCAUUGAAAAUUUAUUUAUAUGAUUCAUCUCAAAUUUUACCCAGUUAUACGUGCCGCUCAAUUCCAAUACAAUGUAUUUUGGAUACUUCCAAGAGCGGAAAUGAAAUAUAUGAAUUUAUCAUAAACACGAUUAAAAGUGAUGUCAUUAUUACUGAUUAUGAAGCUUCUAUUCCAGCAAUGUCAGCACUUUUGGAAGAAUUUAAAAAACGACAUAAAAAAUUUCAUUAUUUUAGCAUAUUAAAACACAUAAUUUCUAAACAAAAACUUAAUCAGAAAUCAAAAUGUGAAUAUGAAAUUAAUAUGAAGCAAAUGAAACUAUUUUUUGACCUUGUAUUUGCUAAAGUAGUCCCACUAAAUAUAUUUGGAAAAUUAAGAAAUAUUAAGAAAAUGAAGAAAGCUCUUUUUCAUCUACUAAAUACACCACGAUUUAAAACUUUAGAUUUGUCGUUAUAUAUUAACAAAUUAGAUAUUUUUAGCAUAAAGUGGGCACAAAACAUUAAAAGCAUAAAAGUAAAAUGGCUUAUUAUUGCCAUAUUUGUGAAGUGGUUUUUUACUGAAUUUCUUAUAAAAAUAUUGCAUAUUUAUUUUCACGUAACAGUUCCAAACAACAGUAAUAAAAGAUUAUACAUAGCACGUUCAGAUUGGUGUAAAAUUAAUACAAAAUUUAUUAAUCAUAAGAAAUAUUCAAAUGCUUUACAACCAGACAUUAAAUGUAAUGACUGGAACCCAUCAAUUGGAAUAUAUAAAUCACAUCCUAAGCAUUCCACUGUACGACCUAUAUUUGUAGCACAAUAUAAAAAUAAUAAUGAAGAGAAACAUUUACAUGUACUACAUAAAUUUCUAAGGCAGUUACAUAUCACAGAAUAUGGAUUAAAUACUUUUGAAGAGCAAUGGAGAUCAAUAAUUCAAACGAAGUCUCUUUUAAAAAAUGAAAAGAUGUAUCUUAUAUCUUGUGAUGUAAUGGAUGCUUUUGGUUCCAUAGUACAAGGAAAAUUAUAUGAUAUCAUACGAUUGCUUUGUGAUAAACUUCCUGAAGAUUUAAUACUCAGAUAUUAUAUAGUAAAAAGCAGAAGAGCUAUGAAUGAUAUUGUAUGUUAUAAACAGUAUAUUUGUGAUUCACAUUUGCAAUUACCAUUCGCACCUGCUACAUUGUAUGUGCGCACAAAUCACACUCAGCGGAUAAAAAAAAGUUGGUUAUUAGACAAAAUUUAUAAAUAUAUAUUUUAUCAAAGGAUAAAACUGCAAGAAAAGCAUUAUAUUAUAGGGAAAGGAAUUGCUCAAGGUGCAAUGUUGUCACCUAUUUUAUCAGAUAUAUAUUUUGAUUUUAUAUUACGCAAAGAAAUGACAAUGUAUCUAAAGACUGGCAAAAUUAUCAAAUAUGUGGAUGAUAUUUUAUUUGUAACUGAAAAUGAAGUUUCUGCAAAACAGUUUUUACAGUUAACAGUAAAAGGAAUACCACAAUAUAAUUGUCGAUUUAAAAAAUUCAAAUUACAAACUAAUGUUUCUAAUGAUCAAAAUACAGUUGUGGAUCAUAUUGUUUACAUUGGUUAUAAAAUUAAUUGUAAUACUUUAGAGGUAGAACCUAAUAUUUCAAACACAAAUUUACGUUAUUCAAUAUUUUCUUCCAAACAAACUUCAGAUCCUUUGAAAUUUCUAAAGUUAAGAUUAUCUAAUUUUUCAACUCUAAGAUUAUCAAAAACUGUCUUAGAUAAUAAAAUUAAUUCUAAAACAACCAUUAAAUCAAUAUUGAAGAAAAUAUUUUUAUUACAAGCAAAACGUGCUUGCCUUUUAAUAAAAGAAUUAUUCAAUGAUGUGCAAAAAUAUGCUCAGAGUAUAUUUAAAAUUAUUCGAAGUAAUAAUAAGAAAAUUGCAAGAUAUAUUAUAGUAGUUUUUCUAAAAUUUGAAGAAAACAUGCAGGAAUCAUGUAUUCGUGAAUGGAACCAAGAAAUUCUUUGUAUGUUGUGGACAUCUUACAUGAAUGUUUUUGUGAAGGAUAAAAUUUUACGAAGAAAUUUUUUGAAAAUACGAAGGAAGUAAUCAAUAUAUACUAAAUUCUUUCCGUAAACAUUGAAAAUAUUUAAAUAUGUAACGUAAUUAUUAUAAGCAUUAAAUAUGAAAUUUCAUAAUUGAAAUAUAUUGAACGUUUACAUAAUUACAGGAUAUAUAAAAAAAGUCGGAACCCUUGAAUAUUUCGAAAAAUAUAAGUUUUAUCAAAAAAUGUUUCAGACAAAAGUUGUAGGGUUUAAAAAGUUCUAUUUACUGGCAAUAUCAUUUUGACCUUGAAGAGUCACUGGAAGGUCACUUCAAUUUUUUUAAAUGGAACACCCUAUAUAUUUUUGCAUAUUCUUGUAGCUUACCUCGAGAGCUUUCUAAAACACUAUGAUAAAGUAUUUUUUUGAUUGAAAACUUUUUGAGUUAUGAGGCUUAAAAGUUACAGUAUUUUUACAUAAAACGAUAUCUCACUCGCUAGUUGGUAUUGUCGUUGAGACGAUGAAAAAGAUGUAAUGUAUGAAACAAAUGAACACAUAACUAAAAAAAAAAU